UCUAGAGAUGUUCUGGUCCCCGUACACUACAGACAUAGUCUAGAGAUGGUCCUUAAGAAGUUAAACACACUUUUAGCAUUUUUUAAGGAAGGCUGUGUUAGGCAAAUGGGCGGCUGUGAAUAGCUCUGAUCAACAUGCAAAACUAUUAAUCAAAUUGUUACUGUUAGUGUUGAUAAAGAGAACAUUAAUUGAUAUGUUUCAUUGAAUAGGAUUAGCUGAAAUACGGGUAUUUCUUCUGUUGUAAUGUAAGCUUUAUUAAGUACUUUGCUGACAUGCUUAGCACUAGAUUCUUUGAAAUAACAUACCCGCUCAGAGGCGAACAUGAACAUCAUCUUUAUCAUACUGGUAUCGGUAAAAGCGGCGCCAAACACUUCUACAUCAGAAAAAAACACACAUUCGUUGUCCCUAAUGUCCAUUGAAACUUAUAUUUUAGAAACAUUUAGGUUUGCUUGUAGAGUGAAAUCGAAGAAAUCAUAAAAAAGAUAAACCAUGUAUAAAAAUAAAUUGCGGCGUUACGUCCUGAAACCUGUAAAUCGUCUAGUUUCUCAAAUAUUCAUAUGAAUUCAAUUUAUCAAGAAAGAAAUAUAUAUUAAUUGAGCUGUUGUUGAGGGAAAAAAGUAAUGGCUAUAUAUAAUCCUGGUGCGGAUUGGGUACGGGUCCGGGCGCGGCGUAAACUCAUAUAUGUAUUAUUUACUACAGUAUUAAAGUCCUGCAUGGUACGGUAAUCGGGUACGGGGCCGGGCACGACGUACGUAUUAUUCACGGGAGCCGAAACACACUUCCUAGUUCAGAUAAGUAACCGUGGUUUUUGAUGUCAGAAAUGAGGUAUGGGAAUUAUUUUCUAAAUCAUUUCAGAAUCAGGUAAUUACACAUUCUGAAUACCAUUUUACAUACUUGUCAUACAUACUGCAUUGUCUUCAAUGCAACGUUAUAUGUAAUUGGAAUGUUAUAUAGCGUUAGGCAUAUAGAAAUCGAAAGUAUAAAUGAAGAAUACCAGUUUACAUUUACCAAUAUAAAAUGAUAGCAAUUAGAACUACUAUCAAAAUCAUUAUUUGUAAUAAGCUAGUUACUGAUUCCUUUUUAGUGGUGUCACUUGUCUACUAUUUAUAUUGUCAUGCUGCGUUUUCAGAUUGGAAUUAUAAUUACGAGGUUGAAGUUGAGAACUCGGUUGUCUUGAACAACAUGGGGAACCAGACAGGAAAGACAAGCAGCAGUCCUGUGAAAUCAACUGCUUCCAAAACCUCCUCCAAAAAGAGAGGUAAGGGUAAAUCCAGGCACGAGUCAACUGCAGUAUCGACAUCGCAAUCAUCACCAGUACCAGCCAAAGCAGCGACUGCAACUGCAUCUUCCACAUCAUCUUCCCAAAAGUUGAGUACUGUACCAAACACAUUGUCGACAGAUUCUUCUCCAUCGUUCUCAAAGAGGCCAGUACUCCAAGGAGAUUGUACUUCAGCAUUGUCCAAUGAAGGCACACACAGACAGAAAACACAUUUAUUGUUUGGUAAAAAGAGUGUCAAAAAAUCAAGUUUCAUUGUAGCAGCGAUUGAUUUUGGAACUACUUUUUCUGGAUUUGCUUAUUGUACAAAAGAUGGUUACAAGCAUUCAGCAGGUCCUCAGAUACAGAUGCACACAUGGGCUGCAAAAACCACAAUGACGGCAAAAGCACCAACAUGUGUACUACUGGAUUUCGACAAAAACUUUAAAAGUUUUGGAUAUGAAGCCAACUCAGAAUUCCAAGACGAUGAAAAUGCCGAAGAAAACUGUUAUUUCUUUAAGCAUUUCAAAAUGAAGUUGUAUGAACAGAAGGAUGAACUUACGAGGGACACAAUGUUUGAGUCAGAGAACGGGAUGACAAUGCCAGCUAUCAGAGUUUUUUCUGCUAUCAUAAAGUUCUUUAAGGACAAGUUAGUAGAAGAUAUGAAUUCCAAAGAUACCAAAGCCUAUUUUCUCGAGUCCGAUAUCCACUGGGUGCUUACUGUACCGGCAAUCUGGAACCUGAAAGCCAAACAGUUCAUGAGAGAGGCAGCACAUCUGGCUGGGAUAGAAGACAAUCAGCUGACCUUGGCCCUGGAGCCUGAGGCGGCAUCCCUGUACUGUAGGAGAGUACCUAACAGUGUUGUACGACAUCCGGGUGAUGGACCCUCUAUAGCAAACUUCCAGGCAGGUGCCAAGUAUCUGAUAAUGGACCUUGGAGGCGGGACAAUUGACAUAACAGCCCACGAGGUUCUGGAGGAUGGCCAUCUGAAAGAGAUCAAUGAACCCACAGGGGGCUACUGGGGCGGUCUCAGGGUCAACGAAGAGUUCACACGAUUUCUUCAACGGUUGUUUGGUCAAGAUGUCUUAACCGAGCUGAAGGAAAACUAUCCAGCUGACUGGCAAGCUAUUGCUGAUGAUUUCGAAUUAAAGAAAUGUGCUUAUGACCCAAACGGUGUAAUGGGAAAGAUCACUAUCCGUAUCCCUUUAACACUGGUAGAGGAAUAUGAAAAUACGACAGGGUGUAGUUUGAGGGAAGCUAUCAGUCAGACACCUUUCAAGGAUCAUUUGGAAUUUAAACAGGACAAAUUGAGAAUGGACAAAGCAAUUUUUGAAAAGUUUUUUGAAGAAUCAAUAACAAAUGUUGUCAGUAAAGUGGAGAAAUUGUUGAGAGAAAACCCCCAGUUACAUAAUCUAGACACCAUUCUUGUUGUCGGGGGCUAUGCUGAGUCUCCAUUGAUGCAACAGGCUAUCAAAGAUAAAUUUGCAGGCAAAUACAAAAUUGUGAUUCCUUCUGACCCAAAUUUAGCAAUUUUGAAAGGUGCUGUAAUGUAUGGGUUUGAAUUGGAUGCAGUCAAGUCUCGUGUGUGUAAGUAUACCUAUGGAAUAGGCCACCAAAGAACAUUCUUAGAGGGAUUUGACGACCCUAAGAAAAAGUGGAAGCAUGGCAGACACAGCUAUGUGGAUGAUGCAUUUGACAUACAUGUCAGCAAAGGCGACUUGGUGCAGUAUGGGACAUUCCAGGAUGGUAAAGACUACCACCCAGUGAAUGAUGAUCAGACACAGGCAUGGUUCGAUUUCUAUGCUUCAGAUGACAAGGAUCCAAAAUUUGUGUACGAGAACUCGUGUGCCUGCUUAGGGUUUGUAGGGGUGGAAUUGUCACCUAGACAGCGAGGUCUGGACGCCACAGUAACACUGGAAAUAAACAUCAGUGGCACAGACAUAGAGGUAAAGGCUACAGAGAAAAGGACGGGAAACGUCACAAAUGCUUACUGUAACUUCCUUGGGUAGAAGAUUUUCUCAAAACUUUAACUUUAUAACUUUGGUUGUUUGUAUGGAAAAAUAAAAACUACCUUUUUAUUACAGCUGACCAGCUAAUGAUAAUUAAUUUUUAUAGUUGCAACUUACACUUGUAAACAACAAGGUCGAUGAUAGAAUUAUCUUUCAUGGAUUUUCAUCGUUUUUCAGCAUGCUUUGUUUUGACAUAUGUUUCUGUACAAGGUUUGUUGGAACUUUGCUUGCUUUGGGUUUGAUUUGGUAUUUAAUGACAUAUCAACAGUCAUUUAAGGAUGUUGGUGUUUGGUGUUAACGGUUUGUUGAUAACGGUCUGAGGUGUAGCACGGAUUUAGCAAAUAUACCCUGAUUCAAGUGGAGAGAUGCUGUAUUUGUAUUCACCUACACAAUGUGAACAAUGUACUGUUAUUUUGCGAUAAUGACCUUCACGUCAUCUGCACUUAUGCAUGCCAAUUAUAUUUUGCUCUAGCUUUACUAUUUAUUUAGAGUGAAAUUGAGAAAAACUGGCAUCAACAACCAACAUAGUUAUAACGCUCUAUCUGUGAUGAUUAGGAUUUUUCCAUAAUGUAAAUCAGUUUUCGAAAUUUGCGGUGUUCCGUAGGCACUAGCACACCAAAUAUCUACUCGGGGAUACUAACAUUCAUAUGCGCAGUAUUCCCUCCAGGACGUCAGUAAUUGUGUUUACCUGAUCGUUUUUAAUAUUAGCAGUAUUUUAUAUACAAGGCAUCAAUUUACCUGAAACCUCGGGUCAAAUAUGCAACAAAAUCAAAUUUGACGCACGACUGGCUGUGUGUCAAGCUGAUUCAUCACAUGUUGGCCGUCGGGUCUCAUUAACUUUGAUAUAUACAAAUGUACAUUUAUUCAAAUUCGAAAAAAUGUACAAUCAAUUAAUGUAAUUCAAAUGAAAUCAAAUUUUAAAAAGGCAUCAGUCUAUGUACAAGGGAAUAGUAAAUUCCUUUGAACUGAUCAUUGAACAAAGAAUACCAAAUAUCAAGACGGAAUAGCUGGUCAGUGUGUAAUGGUAUCCCGUCUAGAACACCAUACUUGUCUUCUUAACUUCUACCCUUCAUAUUGUUAAUUACUGUUUUAUACCGGAAUUAAAUUAAAAUUAUUAUAUAACCAGUACAUGUAUAUAUUAACCUGUUAAAGUGUAAUACCACACUUUUUAUACCUUGUGUUAGAGGUAUUGAUAUACCUCUCUUGUAUGUUGUGUAGUUGUGAUUAUUGUCCAUAGCAGUGCUGCAAAAAGUAGCUCUUCAUAGAGAAUUUACAUGUUCUCUGGGUGUGACUAUUGUCCAUAGCAUUACUGCAAAAAUUAACUCUCCAUAGCUAAUUUGCAUGUUCUCUGGUUGUGAUUAUUGUCCAUAGCAUUACUGCAAAAAUUAACUCUCCAUAGCGAAUUUGUAUGUUCUCUGGGUGUGACUAUUGUCCAUAGCAUUACUGCAAAAAGUAGCUCUCCAUAGAGAAUUAGUAUGUUCUCUGCGUGUGACUAUUGUCCAUAGCAGUGCUGCAAAAUCGUAGCUCUCCUUAGGUAAUUUUUAUGUUCUCUAGCUGUGAUAUUGUAGCUCUGUAGCUGUGACAACAGAAUUUUUAUUCAUUGCUUAGCUGCAAUAACAGAAAGAUAUUUUUGUGGAUUGUCUUCAACUUAGCUACCUUAAGAGAUCGUUUUAUUAUUGAUAAGCAUUGAGAGACAGAAACAUUUUCACAAACAUAAUCUCUUGCAUCAAAAUGCCCUUGAGCAUUAUGAGAAAAACUUUAUACUAAGGCUAGAAUGUGUUUACAAUAUCUUAUUUGUUUUUUUUUAAAUUAUUUUUGUUAUAUUUAUGUGUCUGUAAUAUGUAUGUUGAUUUGUUCGGUUAAUUUUUGUUUUCCUUGUCAUUAAGGUAUAUAUACGUAGCUGUCAAAUGAUUAGAAUUUGAAAUAUUAUCAACAUUCGCUAUUUUUGUAUUUAUCAUGUAAGUAUAAGAAUUACACGUAAAUGUAUGUCUCUUCAUCUCAUUUAAAUUAAGUCAGCAUGUGGUAUUUAUUGUAACUACCUUUUCAAGAUUUGAUUGCUAAGUAAGCUCCACCAUAGCUAAUCGAGAAACUUUAUCAUUUUAAUUAAGGUUCCUUUAAAUAAACAAUCCAGUGAUAAUAUACAAGAUAUAUAAAUCACUUUUCUGGUGAAAUGGAACAGAAGUAACUUGACCAAUUGUUAAUAUGCAUCACGGGUCUUGCUUUUGACAUUUAAUUUGUUCAGCUUCCUGUACAAAAUAACCAAGCCUUUAUGCUCACGAGUGUUUAUAGCAGGUAGUGCAAGCAUUGUUUGACCAGAUUUGACUCCACAAAAACAUAAACAUUGACCUCUUUUGACCUUGAAAAGCAAGUUAACAGUCAAUUAUAGGUAAAUUUAAAAAUUUGAAAUGUAUAAAGGAAUACCCAUGCAUAGAUAGAAGUAUAAUCCAGAUUUAGAUAAGACUUCAUUAGAAAUUAAACUCACCCCUAGCUAAACAGAAACUACAACUUUGCCUUAUUAAAGAAUAAUAUAAUCAAUAUACCAUGAUUUGUUACAUUAUAUUUUAAUAGAUCAUAAGCCUUUAUGUUCUAUAUUUAAAUGAUGGAUUUACAUUGACUUUGCUGGAUCCAGUCUAUCAAACUUUGUAGAUUUCUGUUAAUAAAAAAAAUCUUCCUUUGAAUUAAUUGAUUUUCUCUAAAAUCAUAAUUUGCUAAUCAUUUUGUUUGUGUUUUUUAUAUUGUAAAAGUUUUAAUUUGAAAACUUCAGAAUUACGUUCUUUUGUUGAUCUGUUUUUGCAUAUUGAUUGUUUAAAAUAAUUCCGUUUUUUUAUCUACUUUGGCAUGAAUUGAUGAACUUUGAAACAGCAAAACCGAAAAUCGCACGAAAAUACAACAUCAGACUUU